AUGCGUCUGCUCUUCCUCUCGCUAUGGAUUCUUUGCUGCUUUGAUAACGCUAUCAACGCCGCCGAAUGCACCGACGCUGAAGAUAAAAGUAUCACGGACGCGUACGCUGCAGCGGCAGCUACGAGCGCGUGUUCCAGCUACGCGAGCACCAACAUCUUGAUCCUCAUCACUCCUCCAUGCUCUGCAACAGACUGCGUUGGCGUCAUGACCGAACUAGCCAGCACCAUCCCGAACCGCACGUCGUCAGGACUCUCAACGUCUGAGAAAGAUCAACUGCUUCGAUCUCUCGAUAUUUGCGCCACGCCAGCUCCUACUCCCGCGUCCACAGCAUCAACAAUCAACUGUACGAGCGCAGAAGCUGAAGCCACGUUCAACGCCUCCUACGAAGCCGCCAACGGCACGUGUGCCAGCUCCACGAACAUGGAACAAUACAGCAUCAUCAUCGACACCGAGUGCACCUCUCCAUGUGCUCAAGCCGUACGAGAUUUCGCUCAUACCUUACCGAACUGCUACUACCGAUUAUCGAACGAAAACACCAACAAGAAGCAAGAUAUCGCUACACAAUUCAGCUACUGCGAGACGCUGAGCAACGCUACAAAUAUCAGUAUUUACGCUGAUUCCGUCGAUAAUCUCUUAGGUUCUACAGCUGGCGUGGCGACGGUAGAGCCCAGCUGCACGGCAGAGGGGAUUGAAGACACGGUGGCCUUCUACAUGACUGUAGCAGCGAACGAGUCGUGUGUGAAGGACGCGUCCAUUUGUGCCUACGAUAUCCACGUGAACACCGACUGCGAUUUCCCGUGCGGCCGACUCGUUCGACGUCUCGGAUACGACGUACCACGGUGCUACUUCAACCACAAGAACCACCGCGAAUCUCUGAUUAGUAGCUGGUAUCAAUGCGAAUGGAUCGUCAACCCAGUGGAUAUUUCCUUUAGCUUCCACUACGAGAGCAUCUUUAACGCCACAGUAAACUCGUCGAGCACAUUGUUGGGAGUUGUGGCUCUUAGACACGCCUCCCGAAUUGCUCUGCUUCCUGAGCAUUGA